CCUUCCAACAAGCAACCCUCAUCGGCAGGUUCCGAGACAGACGGUUCGUCUUCGUCGCGCCCCCGAGCAGGCACAUGGGGCUCCAAAGAGGCCCGAGCAGCCAGAUCGGGCGCCUCCGGAGGCAAACCUCAGAUGCCUUUGUCGCCUUUGGCAACUGCUGCAGCAGCCAAAAAAGCUGGACAGGGCAGCCAGGAAACUUCAAGAUAAGGAAAUCAAGAAUCGAGAGAAGGAAGCCAAAAAGUAUGAGAAGGAACUUAGGAAGAACGAGAAGCGGGAGCUGGAACGACUCAAGAUAGAAAAGUUACGUGCAGAACGAGUAAGUAAAUCGACGGAACGUCUAGGGGGUUCUGGUUCCUUGUCCAGUUCAGAAAGAGUCAGUGGCAGCGGCACCGGAACAGCAGGUUCUCGUUCUGGUUCCAGCACCAGAUCCGGUUCUCUGGAACGUAGGCAAAGUGGUGAAGGAGGCAGACACGAUGAGAGGGAACGUGAAGUCUUGUAUCAGCUCACAGUCCACGGAACUGCAAGUCCCAAUAGACGUCCAGCAAUUUUCGACGCCUUUCGACCAAGAUCCAAAUCGGACGCCAGGAAACAAAAAGAACUCACCAACAGUGGCCAAAGUGGCAACAAUAGUGGUUCUUCGACACCAGCUCAAUCUGGCAAAUCAGGAUCUGGCAGCAAUUCAUCAGGACCGGGUCACCAUGUCGGUCUGAUGCAACACGUAAGAAACGCAGUUCACCACACGACUGGUCUGAUCAGAUCACAUCAUCAGCCUGUCCAUCGAGACAGUGCUCAUCCUGUAAAAGCAGCCAGAGAUGGUUCAGCUCAUUUGCACGCUGGUAGUGACCAACAGUAUUAUCACACGGUUACGGCUGGUCGUAGAAGUGAAUUAAAUCGUUCUCCGAUGACCAAAGUUAUGGAUUUGUUCAGACAUCGGGCAAACAGUACUACGAGUGAGCAGGAGAAGCGGAAAAAUAAGUUACAAGAACAACUCUUUAUCGGUGCGCAUAUGAGAAGGGCCUCUCAAGAGUUGGAGAGGCGUCGGGCGUCUUUGGGAAGUGGAGCGGGCCUGGCGAGCCCUAGGCCCCGUACGGAGCCCCUGGAUCCACAUCACGCUGCUAUUUUAUUCAGGGACUCUCGAGGGUUGCCUGUGGCUGAUCCGUUCUUGGAAAAAGUCAAUUUGUCAGAUUUAGAAGAAGAUGAAUGCCAGAUCUUUGUGAAGUUCUUCAGGUUCCACAAGUGCUACGACUUGAUACCUACGUCUGCUAAAUUAGUUGUUUUCGAUACCCAGUUGUUAGUUAAGAAGGCUUUCUUCGCUUUAGUGUACAAUGGAGUCCGAGCAGCCCCUUUAUGGGACUCUAGUAAACAGUGUUUCGUUGGAAUGUUGACUAUAACAGAUUUUAUUAAAAUUUUACAAAUGUACUACAAAUCGCCUACGAUUUCCAUGGACCAAUUGGAGGAGCACAAGUUGGACACGUGGAGAGAUGUUCUGAAAGAUCAAGUACCUUCAUUAGUGAGCAUCAGUCCUGAUGCAUCAUUAUUCGACGCAAUUAGAACUUUAAUCGAGAACAGAAUACAUCGAUUGCCUGUCAUAGAUCCCAGUACGGGCAAUGUACUGUAUAUAUUAACACAUAAAAGGAUUCUACGAUUUCUAUUCCUAUAUAUUACUGAGUUGCCCAAGCCCUCCUAUAUGCGUAAAACCCUUCGGGAGUUGAGGAUUGGAACAUUCGACCAAAUCGAGACUGCAGAUGAAGACACCAGUAUUAUUUGUGCUUUGAAGAAAUUUGUUGAAAGGAGAGUCUCAGCUUUGCCUGUCGUGGAUGCUCAAGGGAGAUUAGUGGAUAUUUUUGCUAAAUUCGAUGUCAUUAACCUUGCAGCUGAAAAAACCUACGAUGACUUAGACGUAAAUUUAAAAACAGCCAACGAACAUCGAAAUGCAUGGUUCGAAGGUGUGCAACGUUGCACCUUGGAUGAAACUUUGUAUACGAUCAUGGAAAGGAUCGUCAGAGCCGAGGUGCACAGGCUAGUAGUGGUCGACGAGUCAGAAAAAGUAGUCGGCAUCAUAUCUUUAUCAGAUUUGUUACAAUAUUUAGUACUGAGGCCGAGUGAGAAGAAAUCGCAGGGCGAUAAGAGUAAACAGGAGGAGCAGGUGCAGCAGGAUGGGGAGCAAUUGGAUGUCGAAAUGAAGGAAGACCAAAGUGUUGGUUCGGAGGAAAACGUUGCUGCCAGUGGUGAAAUCAGUGAAGAGAAGAAAGAAGUUGAAGUUGAUGAAGGUGAUAAGGUGGAGAGCUGUUUGGAGGCUACCGAAACAAACCAACCUCCCCUCAACGGUGACGAUGUCUCCUCCGAAGAUCCUCAACUCGACACCAAAUCACCAUCUGCUCUUCUACAAAAGCAAAUAUCAUCCUUUGAGUCUGAGAAUUCAGACGAUGCAUCCACAAACGCUGUCAACUAUUCAGCCCUGGACGACAACGCCAGUUCACAGGACGAAGAACAAGAAAUUUUAACCAAAAGUUGCAAAUUAGACCAAGGUAUAUUGGAACACACCAAAAAUAAUGGUCAUACUAUAUUGGAAUCGUAAAAGAAUGGUAAUGUUGAUUUUUAUAAAGAAGCUUAGUAUUUUUUUUAAUUUAAUUUAGUUUUAAUGGCAACAACAAGAUGAAAGGUGGUGCUUUUUGUUGUUUAUUUAGUAUUUGAUUAUAUAAAUAUGAUUUUGCUGAAAGUAGGAAGCGUGAAAGGUUAUUAUUUAAGAUACAAGAGAUAUAUAUUAAUUUUUGUCUAAACAGAUGUU